AAGAAGAAAGAGUAGAGGGAGAACAGAAAUAUAGAAAAAAUUGGAAGCAGCAGAAGUAGGAGAACUAAACAGAGCAGGAGAAGACUUUUUUUAAAGAUCCUGGUUAUUUGGAGUACCUUUGAGGGCCACACACACACAUACACACACAUGCACACACACACACAAACACACACUCCUCACUGAUGCUCCUGCUGGAUGGACCGACACGAUCUCCUCUUCCACCUCCAGCUGUGCACAUAGAAGACCGACCUCUGCGACCAGACAUGCAUUUCUACUAUGUGGGGGACCACACGUGGGCAACCAUGUUGGGUCAGAGUGUACGGUUACAACCGGUGCCGAUCCAGAGCCUGUCGGAGCUGGAGCGAGCCAGGUUACAGGAGGUCGCCAUGUACCACCUGGAGGAGAGGGACCUGGACUUUAAGAUCAGCAUCCCCAGAGAAGUACGCAAACGGAGAAAAUCUCUACGCAGGAAGUUUGACUCCUUUUCAAAGGAAAAGAAAGAGCGAGAAUCGGCCCCAAAGGCAUUUGGCAUCCCUCUCUCCCAGGUCAUCGCUAACGACCGAGCCCACAAGCUUCGGCAGGAUGCCCUAAAGGAGAGCCGGCGAGACUGUCUGGACCUGGAGGCCAGCAUCCUGCGAUUCAGGGCAGAGAAGAAGCAGUUCUUCAACGGGAACAAGCCGUUGGUCAGCUCCUCAUCCAUCACAGGAGGCGGUCCCAGCUCGCCGUCUGCAAACUCUGUGGCACCGGCGCCCAUUUUUGAGACCCAGAAUAAACCACUUUCACCCACGUUUCUGGAUAACACCGGCCGAGGACAGAGGAGGGGCGGUCUGUCAGUGGACUCCAUCUCCGACCUCGUAGAGAGUCAGUCUCGCCUGCUGGAGGCGCUGCAGCUCUCGCACCCGGCCGAGCUGGAGCUGAAAAAAUCACCGGGUGGCAGCGGCUCGUCGGAGAAGAGGACCCAGACCAAGCUUAGCCUCAACCCCAUCUACAGACAGGUGCCGCGGGUGGUGGAGAGGUGCUGCAAUCACAUCGAGACUUACGGUCUUCAGACUGUGGGAAUUUUCCGAGUCGGUAGCUCUAAGAAGAGAGUAAGACAGCUACUGGAGGACUUCGACAUGGGAGUGGACGUCCAGCUGGAUGAGGAGCAAAGCGUCCAUGACGUGGCGGCACUGCUCAAAGAGUUCCUCAGAGACAUCCCUGAUCCUCUGCUGACCAGAGAGCUUUACCCGGCCUUCCUGCAUGCCAACCUGCUGAGGGGAGCAGACCAGCUCCAGUACCUGCAGCACCUCCUCUACCUGCUGCCUCCCUGCAACUGUGACACCCUGCUGCGACUCCUCAGCCUGUUACACACCGUGCAGAGCUUCGCUCAGGACAGCGUAGGGACAAAUGACGAGGAGAUUCCCGGUAACAAGAUGACGGCUGCGAACCUGGCGGUGAUCUUUGGGCCCAACCUGCUGCAGAGGGAAAGAGGAGGAGAAGUGAGUCCUCAUGCGAUGGGGAUCGAGGACAGCACGGCGAUCAUCAGCGUGACGCUGGUGCUCAUACAGAACUACAAGAGGCUCUUCACGGUUUCUGCAGAGCUGCAGCAGGAGGUCCUGAUGAGUCUGAUCCAGACAGACCCCGACAUCAUCGACUAUUUGCUGCGUAGAAAACUCAGUGGCAGUCACCUGACGGUGGAGAGCAGCAGUGAGACGGGGGGUAGGCGGGAUACAGGUGCGUCUCUGGACUCUGUUGGAGCCUCCAGUGGGAGUUUGUCCCCACUGGAGCCUCCAUCACCGCUUUUCCCACCCGAUGGCAGCGGCGGUGAGGGCAGCCUGACCAGCGAGGUCUUUCUCAACGUACUCAAACUAAACCAGAACAGGAAGCGUCAAGAAGCCAGAUACGGUGAGGCCCCUGCAGGUAAAUCCAUUCGCCACAUGCGUCAGUUCCACUCCCACCACAACCUGCUCAGCCUGGCCCAGCCCUCGUUGUCCACCACCUCCAGACUCCACAGUCAGGACCAGGACUCCCAGGACCGCAGCAGGGGCCCGCUGGGCUCCGCACUGAGCUUCACGCUUGGCGGCGGCAGCAGUGGCAGCUGCUCCAGUCUGAGCGGCUCGACAGAGAACAGUAUCUGGGUGAGACAGACGCCGCAGGAGGAGAGCAAACCCUCACCGGCCUCUAAUUUCUGGGACUUCUUCACCGGGAAAGGAUCGAGCUCGGAGACGAUGGUAUGAUGAAGGGCACGAAGAGGAGGAAUAUAUGUGUUUGUGUGUGUUUUUUCAGAAGUCAGAAAUCCCCCCCAAAAUCACCAAAUUUCUGCAAGAGAAGCAACUCUGUUGAUUUAUCGGGAUUUUAAAAUCCAAUAAUAUCAAAAAUAAAAAGUUCAUUUCCAAGGUUAUAAAACCGGUGAAAUGAACACUCUGCAGCACGUGCAUGCCUGUAUUUGCAACCUAAAUUUUCUACUGAACUAUGGACUUAAAGGGAGCAUCCAGUUGCAGAUUUUCCUCAGUGGAAGCUGGAAUUUCCCACUUUUCUGGCAUCUCUGGAACACAGCAUGUGUAUGAAUGUGUGGUGUGGACAAAGAAUAAGAAGAUGGAAAUGCAGGACAGCACAUGAAUAACUAGCUUUUUUGAAGACAUUUUGGAUUUGUUGGAAACAAAGCAAACUUUCAAGCACAGCUCUCUCCGAAAAAGACACGGACAUCAGCGAAUGAAGAAGAGACUAAAGGACUCUGUUUAUGAGAUUAUAUGAAAGUGGAUGCAGUAAUAAUUGUGAUGUAAAUAACGUGUACAUGAUGUAUUCAUAAUUUUACACACCACCCUUCCUUGUCUUUACUAUAUAGAACUGCAUGUAACUGCAUGGACUCUACCAGCACUUCCUAAUCUAUAUUAACUCUUUAGUUUUUGUUGUUUUGCUGUAACCUGCAAUAAGCUACAUUCACCGUAAACGUAAUCUACAUUUCAGCUAACAUUCAGCUAGAAUUCAAAACACCCGACGAUGUCUCUGUAGAACAAAACAUAAAUUACAAAAAAACAAAUAUAGAUUUCAAAGCCAAACUCUAUUUGGUGACCUGCAAACCACCACAUCACUGCUUACUGACAAAGUGCAUGUUUGAGUGCAAGAAUCAAUUAUUUUUAUUAUCAAUUAAUGUAUUUAGGUAUUUUUUAAUCCAAGCAUUUCAGAAUGUUUUUGUCAGUGCCCCCCCCCCCCCCCACUCCCGUUCACAACAGCUUUAGCAGCUGGAAAACUGAUUUGGCAUUUGUGCUUGAUAAAUGACUUUUUUAAGAAUGAAUCUUUUAUUAGUAUCUUAUCAACUGAUGGGCAUGUAUCUGUUUUUUGACACUUAUGUACAUUUGCUCGUCCUCCCCAAACAAGGCAGUUGAGACUAAAUCGGGGGCAUGCAGACACUCCGUCAACUCUCAAAACCUAAAACUUAAAUUUUCCCUCAAAUGCUGAGAAAGUGUUAAAUAAAAUACAUGUUGUAUGCCGUUCAAUUAAACCUAAAUAUACAGUUCAGUACAUACAGUAUGUUUUACUCAAAAGAGGUCUGUGUUGCUUUAAUGUAUUUUUGGGAGCACGGUGAUAAGACAUAUCCACUCUAGAAAUGUGGAUCUUUGGAGGAUCCAGACAAAGAAUUUGACACGGCGGUUUUGAUGGAAACACGUUGAUAGAUUUGGAAUCUGUAAUCAAUCACACAAACACACAGAUGUUCACCAGCUGGACUGCGGGACACACGAACAUCGGCACAAUCCACGACGCACUGAUGUGGUGUUUUGCAAUUAGGUCAAAAGAUUAAAGAUCGGCCACAGUUCGUUGAUAAGUUUGUGUUUUUUAAAGACAUUAUACAACUUUUAGUUGAUAUUCGAGUGUUGUUCCCGAGACAUCAGAUACCAGCGUUUUGGCUCAAUGCUCCACGUCUGUAUUUCCCAACCGAGGAAUGACACUUAACAAUCAACUAAAAGUUGCAUAUAUUGCAUAAUUAAGUCUCGGUCAGAGGUUCUCAGGUUUUAGCCAACAUUGCCCACAAAAUAAAGAAAUAAAUAAAAAUCACCUUGCCUCUCGAGGCUUCUUAAAAUAAAACGGUGUCUUCUUGUGACCUCUCACUUAAAUGUGCAUGUGCAUGCAGACUUGAAAUUUUUCCUUUCAACCUCAAAUUUUUAUUUUAUUUCUUAGAGAUGAGAAGCUGCAUUCUUAUCAUAUGUGAUUCACUGCGAUAAAAUGUUUUCGUAAAUAGCAUCCAUGUCAAUAUUCAAGUUAUAAUUUCAAAUGGUAUAUUAACAUUUUUUGGAGAGCUCCUAAUAGAUCUGAUUAAACAAACCUGUUUUUAUUCUGUCAGUACGUGUUUUUGUUUUUCAUGAGCAAUUUUAAACUGUGCACAAAAAAAACCUGCAUAGAAAUGCCAAAACGUUUUUACACA